GAACUGUAGACACACACACAUACAGUAUAUAUAUAAGCUCUGAACAUUCACCAACAAGCAUCGUCUCAACGGCGUCUGAUUUCUGAGUGGACAUGAAGAGCAUAACCCCGGUGAAGAUGCUCUCUGCAUGUGCUCUGAUCCUGCUGGCGUUCAGUGUGACCGACGGACUCAUCAUGACUAAAUGUGAGCUGAAGGCCAAACUGGACGCCGCUCAGUUCCAGCAGAUCAUGGCCAAUGGACAGAAGAUCCCUGUCAACAAUCUCAUCGCCAGGCUGGUCUGCAUGGCCAACAGCACAGCCUUCAACACCAGCUCCGUCAAAGUGAUCGCACUCAACAGUAAACAGAAGAGAUCAGCUCCGAACCCAGCAAAACCUCCAGCUCAAGGCCCAGCACAUGCUGUAGCUCAGAAUACAUCCAGAGAUCCACCACACAAUGCAUCUGAAGCUCCAGCUCAUGAUUCUGAAGCUCCACCACACAAUGCAUCUAAAGAUCCACAUCACAAUGCAUCUAAUGCUCAACCUCAUAAUGCAUCUAAAGCUCCACCUCGUGCACCAGCAUCCAAAGCUCCACCUCGUGCACCAGCAUCCAAAGCUUCACCUCGUGCACCAGCAUCCAAAGCUCCACCUCGUGCACCAGCAUCCAAAGCUCCACCUCGUGCACCAGCAUCCAAAGCUCCACCUCGUGCACCAGAAUCCAAAGCUCCACCUCGUGCACCAGCAUCCAAAGCUCCACCUCAGGGUGCGCAUAAGGCUGUAAUUCACGAUGCAUCCAAAGCUCCACCAUCUCGAGUUCCACCUCAAGUUCCAACAGGACGAAACCCGGAAGGCCCCACCAAAGCUCCCCAUAGCUACGGCAAUGAGACGCAGUAUCCACAGCCCAAAGCUAUGGAGCGUCUCUAUGGAGUGUUUCAGCUCAGUGAUCAGCUGGCCUGCGUCUCCGGCAUGGUGCCAUCACUCAACAUCUGCAACAUGAACUGCAACGCUUUGCUUGAUGAUGACCUCACCAAUGACAUCGCCUGCUUGAAGACCCUGAUGAACAGCAUGAAUGCCAAAGUCAAUCCUACCAGCCUUAAGAUUGCGAAUAUGCUGUUGGCGAAGGAGUGUCGCUCUGUCGUUCCAUCCAAGAUAUUCGCAAACUGUGCUUAAAACAGACGAUCAGACUGACUUUGGCUGAAUUAAUCAGAAACACAGCAGUCUGAUGUUUUCAUUGGCCUUUGACUGAAUGCUAAUGAGGUCAUUAUGAUGGUGGCGGGAACUUUAAACAACUAUUAAUAGGGGUAGUUUGUACAUGCUUUAGUUUGAUGCUGUUAUACUGUUUCAGUAGUAAUAUUGUAACUGAUACCGUUUUAAACUUCUGUAUGCCACUUGGAUUUUUAAAGAUCAGCACUUUAUUAUACGAUGCAAUGAAAACUGGAGCACUCA